AUGCUUCGGUACAGCUUCAUUAACGCCGUCUGGCCGUCCAAGUCAUGCGGCAGGGUCCACGUUGAGCGCCAUCGAAAGCAGAAGACACAGUCUGUACAAACUGCACAGCGCUGGAAACUGCGGGCGAACUUGAACCGGCGAGGUCCAGACUCAGCGACCUGGGAUCGGCAGGGCGGUGGCCAGGCGGAGCGCCUGCUUAUGGAGCAGGUACUGCAACUGAGGCGAGAGUUAGAUGCCUUGCGAGCGGAGAAUGAGAGUUUGCGUAAAUAUCGUGUCAACGAGCACCUGCUCGUGGAUGCCGACGACUCUGUCACAACCGAGGACGGACGGACGCGUUGCGGCAAGCACGGGGAGCGCUCGCGCUAUUUACCGGUCUAUUCAGUCGCCCCUGAAGAGGUUCUAAGCCGCGUCAUCCCCGUCAUUGGACCUAACCCAACGAUCGAGCAACUCGACGCAGCAAUCACGCUGUCGUUCCAAGUACGCGAUGAGCUGGUGAACCGACGUGGGCUCGAGCGUUACGAGGAUGUCAUGGCUGGUCGAUUCCUCGUGUUCCAGACCAGUGAACUACCUGUCAAGGGGGUCCAGAGAGUCGCCCUUCCUGGUACGGUAGGAUCGAUGCGCUGGGCGUCGGCACCAGUUGGUAUCCUGAUGCCUGCCUCCGAGCUGGGACUGGAGUCCUUCUACCCGAACGCUCCGACGGAUGUCAACUGUCUUGUCAUUAUCGAGGCUGAUUUCGAUUCAGAGAUCCCCGCGGAUACCCUGGCAUCACCUGACAUCAUUCGCGACAUCCGAGACGGUACCAAAGACGUGCUCGACCGUAUCGAAAACGUUUGGUUCGACGAGCAAGGCCGCGCGUCUCGCGAUGCCGGCUUUCCGAGCUCGCUCACUGAAGAGACAGAAACCGACGAGGACGAGCAACCAGACGAAAACGGUGACGGACCGGAAUUCAGUCCGGGGAAAUUUUACCUCUGGCUGGAGGAGAGGCCUCCGCAGGGCGUCGAGUCCGGCGAGGAGCCAGCCCACAGGUGGCACGUUCGCUGGUAUGAGCGUCGUCCAGACCCCGCGGUUGACGGUGUGGAAUGCGUUGGCCGCGUGAUUACCGUGAUAGCACCGAGCGCUUCAAGGCGUCGCACCAAGACGUUUGCCGAAGAGGACGAUGUGUUCUAA